CCUAAAGUGGGGGGCAGAUGAUCUUGUGUGGAUUGUUCCGGCGCAGCAGCAAAUGCGGGAGUCAUUGCUCUGGAUUCUGGUGUGGAUCGCUCUGGCUCAUCGAGCACAGGGAUCAAAUGCGGUGGUGGAUUAUCUAGAUCGGGUCGAUGACGCGACGAAGCAAAGAUUUUCCGAGGACUGGAAGAGGCUCAUCGAGAUUGUGGCGCCAGGGAGCUGCCUGGGUAAUGUUUCGACGGGAGUAGCAGAUGGCAGCUGUGGAACAUCGAUUCGGAUAGGUCGGAGGCCGACACAGGAAGACACGCUGAUUUGUUUUCCUGGAAUUGAUCUUCCUCCUCUAUCAGGGAAAAAGUUUUCGUUUUCUUUGCUUGGAGUUUUUGAUGGCCACGGUAGUAAAACAGCCAGUUCGAUUUGCGCACACUGCCUCCAUAAGUAUUUCCUACAUCACGUGUACAAGAUAUCUACAGCGACAUUGGAAUCGCCAAGGAAUGACAACUUUCCUGACGCUAAAUCUUCUAUUUCGGAUGAAGAGCUGGAAGGAAUUUUCUGGAGAAAGAUUAUGAAGGAAGCACUCGCAGCGGCUUUGGUCGACAUUGAAGAAGCUUUUAUUAAGAGAGCCAUUGACGGUGAAGCGAUGGGAGGCACGACUGCUUGUGUAGCCAUUGUAAUUGACGAUCAUGUUCUCGUAGCGAAUAUUGGCGACUCCAAAGCUUUAAUUUGUUCUCUAUCUGAUGAAGAAUCUGGCGUUCUAAAUGCGGAGGAGCUUACGUUAGAUCAUCAUCCCAACCGAAGAGACGAGAAGCUGAGAAUUGAGUCCUUUGGUGGUUAUGUCGAACACUCCCGAAGCAUUCCCCGUGUCGCUGGAAUUUUAGCUGUUUCACGGUCUAUUGGAGACUUGGCGCUUAAGAAGUACGGUGUAAUCUCAGAACCCGAAUUUACUGGCUGGAAAAAGAUUGGUGACAAGAACAAAUAUCUAGUUCUUGCAUCCGAUGGGAUUUUUGAGACUAUGAGUUCCCAGGAUGUUUGCGCGGUCUUAAAAAGUAUUGAGGUCGGAAAGGACGUUUCUCGAACUCUAAAGAACAGGUUUUUAUCUGCGAAAGUUGCGAUUCCCUUGCCGCCACCAAAAGAAAUGACUUCUCCACCUGAGUCGAAUUUGUGCCGCGACUUCCUGCAUACCUGUUUACCGGGGCGAUCAGAUUUGGAGAACGAGAUAACCUCUGGCAGAUAUCAGCUUAAUGUUAUGGCCGACGGAAUCGUCGACAGUGCUUUUAAACUGGGAAGUACAGACAAUCUUGCAACCGUUGUCUAUGCCCUUGGCGAUAUUCCGAAUAUUGAAAAGAGCGAGAACGAUCACGAUACUACUAUGGAUGACAAUGCGACAUCAGGCUGUAAUUACUUUCCUGAGAGUGUUACUAAGACACCAGGAUCUCUUGUAACUGGUGUCAUUGUUCGUCGUGAAGGCGCUCGUUUUUGCUAUUCACUCACAGAACCUCUACAUAGAGAAGUGAUUUCUCAUUUUCAGUAUGAAGGUCGUUCGAAGAAAGCAGACAAGCUAUGUCCUUCUAAGUUUAGUUUCGUACUCCCAGACACGAGGGAAACCGUUCCUGCAAAUGUCGAGCACAAUCCCGCACCAUGCCAACUUAUAGACCUUAUUGCUGCAGUUCCCACUGAUUUUGAGAGCUUCGCAAGCUUAAAUGUCUCUACAUCAAAAGUCUUUGAAGCUCCCCCUUCUUUUAUGCUUCAUCAUUAUAGGUACAUUCUUAAAAAGAAGUUUGCGCGGGGUUCUUUCGGGCAAAUAUGGUUGGCUGUCCGAAAGGAAUGCAAAACUGAAGAGCUUGGAACGGGGUUUUGCGAAUGGCGUUUGCACGAGGAUAAUUUUGAGUCAAAUGCAGACGGUCUUGAGGACGAUGUUUUCGUCUUGAAGCAAAUUCUGCUCAAUGGACGGCCGGAAAUUCGAUUGAGUGGUUUGAGAGAGAGGCACUUCGGAGAGAUUUUCUUAAACGCGUCCAGAAGUCGGCUAAGUACCGAGGAAGGACUCAACCAUGUAGCGCGUUUCCUGGACUCGUUUGUGGUGCAAGGCAAUCUCUGGCUAGUGUUUAAGAAAGAAGGGCGAUCUUUAUCUCGGCUGCUUUACGAAUCGGAACGAGCACCAGGAAGUAAUGGCUCUGAAAGCAAAGACAAAAGACUGUUUGAAGUCGUUCGACCAUCGGCAUGGUGGCGGUGGCUGAAAACUACAAAGAAAGGUCAACGGGAAAUGCGCAACUUACUCCGUCAGUUGCUAUUAGCCGUCAAAGCAUGCCACGAUCGUAAUAUUACACAUCGAGACUUAAAACCAGAAAACAUGGUCGUCCAAGAACCUGUGGAUAGUACGAAUAAAAGUAUCAAAUGGCCUGCGAAUCUCAGUUUACGCUUAAUUGAUUUCGGGAGUGCUAUAAAUCCAUUUACGCUACAGCAUUUGUAUGGAUCUGCGGGACCAAGCAGAAAUGAGCACACGCCGGAGUACGCUCCUCCAGAAGCUCUACUUUUUGACCACUGGAUGCAUUUCCAUCCAAAUCAAACCAAAGCGCAUGACAUCUGGAGUGUAGGGGUAAUAAUGCUGGAAAUCGUUCUAGGCACUCCCCAUGUAUUUCAAAUAAGCGCUCGAACACGAGUUCUUCUCGACAGAAGUUUGGGAGGCUGGGACGAAGAGUCGAAAAACGUUGCUUACAUGUUACGAGCUUUCAUGGAGAUGUGCAUUUUCUUGCCUCGUGUUCCUCCUCGGCAUCAUCGAAAUGAAACUGUGAACCACCAGGAAGAAAGUCAGCUUGCUUCAAUGGACUGUAGUGAAGCUGCCCUGCAGAGAAAGAUCCAGCAACGAGAUCCACUAGGAUUGGGCAUGCCAGACAUAUGGUCAUUUCGGCUUCUACGUCAACUUCUUCAAUGGUAUCCGGAGGAUCGUGUUUCAGUGGACGAAGCUUUAAGUCAUCCAUAUUUCCAUCGUAAUUUGCAACGUUAGAACGAUAUGACUUUGACUACCCGAGACGUUAACCAAGACUAGAUUCAGAGGACGAAAUGAGUUUCCUGGCUAGCUAGUCAAGGUUCCCUGUUGUUGCAGCUUUCUGCUUCUUAUU